CCGGGGAAGGGCGUCCUCUCUGCGGUCAGAGUCCUCCGGAGGGGCGGGUCCUCCGGCAGCAGAAAAGCAAAGCCCACCUUCUUUCAUUGUUAAGGACGCGGAGGAAUGUGAUGGUUUGAUCCGAAGCGAAGCAGGGACGGCCAGAACGAGUGAAGGCAGCGGGACUGGAGCAGAACCACCAGCACCGCCGCUGGUUCUGGAUAUGCGGACGCGCUGGUCCCGGUUCCUGUCGGCUGCGCUCGGUUCUGCCGCCCGUGUGAACUUUGUGGAUUAAUCCGAGGUUCUUUUCUGGCCCGGCGGGGGAGCCGUCCAGGAUGGAGAGUCUGUGGAGAGCAGUGUAACGUCCUGAAGAUAAAACGUUGAAAUGACAGAUCUCUCUGCUAAACACCAUUUAGGGGCAGUUUUGGAGACCUAAAUAUACAGUUAGACGACCGCAACAAGACAGGCUGACAAGAGGACCAGAAGAGCACUUUUAGGUCUUGCUAUCGCUGCCACACAGAUGUGGAAAUCCCAAAACUCUGCCGUCAAGUAAGCUGAACAUCGAAAACAAAAGCCAACGAAUCCACUGGAAGGUUUGCAGCCAUGUCGGAUCACAAAGACAUGACGCACCGCCACUUACGGCACAAGCUGCAGAGUCUGAGCAGAAGGCUGGACGAGCUGGAAGAAGCGACUAACAAGCUGCAGAAGUCUGAGGAUGAGCUGCUCGACCUGCAGGACAAGAUUAUCCAGGCAGAGGGCAGCAACUCGUCUCUGCUGGCCGAUGUGGAGGCCCUAAGAAAACGUCUCCUGAAGAUCCAGGGCAAGGAUGAGGAGGUACGCAAAGCCGAGGACCUCUGUCGCGUGGUUCGAGAGAAGCUGGAGGAAGAGGAAUACCUGACGAAGGAGCUUAAGGGAGAGAUCGAGCGUCUGCAGCGGAGGCUGGCUGAGCUGGAGAAACUGGAAGAAGCCUUUGCCAAAAGCAAGUCUGACUGCAGCCAGCUCUGCCUCGGCCUCAACGAGGAGAAGAACCUCACCAAGAAGCUCUCCUCGGAGCUGGACACGCUCAGAGCGCGCUUGAAGGAAGUGGAAGGUUCUGAGACGAAGCUGGACAAAGCGGAGCAGGCUCUGGCCAAGGAGCUGGAGAAGCUCAAGGCCUUCACUCAGGCGUUUGUCGGCGAGCGCAAGAAGCUGCUGGAGAAGCAAAGGGAGGACGAGAAGCUCAUCCAGAAGCUCACCGAGGAGAAAAAGAGCCGCUUCGGCGUGACGACGGGCCCGGGCCGUGCCGACUUCAUGAGUUCAAGGAUCGAGGACGAACUGUCCUCCACCGCGCUCUUCACCAGCAAGCUGGCUGGCAAGAAGAACCUGGACUACCUGAAGCUAGCCGACGAGAAGCUGGACGGUCUCAGCAAGCCUGAGAUGAAGAAGGGCGGCGGCCUGGACGGCCCGCAGGAAGAAGACAACAAAGUAAAGGAGCUCACGCAGGAGGUGGAGAAGUUAAAGGACCGCCUGAAGCAGCUGGAGGUGGUGGAGGAGGACCUGAAGAGCUCGCAGUUCAAGAACGGCGAGCUCCACGAGAAGUUCCAGGUGGAGCAGAAGCGAGCGCGUCAGCUGAGCGAGCAGGUGGAGCAGCUCCGGACGCAGCUGUGCGGCAAAGCUGCCGCCGGGGGGAAAGCCGUCGGCAAGGCGGAGAAACACGGCGCCGGAAACCCGGCCAAGGUCCUGGAGAACGGCAAAGCCGAGAGCGAGGAGCUGCUGUCCAAGAGCGCCAUCAGGCCGGAGAAGCCUAAAUUUAAAAGUUCUGCCGCUCUCCCCGAGCCCGGCUCUCCGAAGCUGAGGAGAGACACCAGACUGAGGAACAAAGAGUUCAGUCAGGUGGAGGAGAGUUUUCCGAGGAGAGCGCUGAGUCCUCUGAGGAGCAGACGGACCCCCAAGGCCUCGCCGGCUACAUCCGAUAAUGGAGUCACGGCACGAUUCCCUGAAGACAGGGCUAAGCCGUACGGCUCCGCCAACUCAGCCUCUGAAGUGAAGAAAGUGUCCGUCCUGAGCCGCUACCCUCCAGCCGCUAACGAGCAGAAGUCCCUGAGGACGCCGUUCAAACAGGCCGACGCCGACAUGAAGCCCAGAGAGAGGUUUUCCAAACCCUGCGUGGGCAGCGACAGCGAAUCCAACAACUCUGACGCCGUGCCCGACAGCGCCGCCGAGAAGGAGGCGGCGUCUCCCUCCGGCCAGGAACCGCUGCAGGAGUCCGUCUCUUCGUCUGCGGCGCCCGCCCUGUCCAAGGCCAACGGGCCUUACGCGGCCUACAGGUCUCACGUCGCGCCGCCGCUGCCCAACGACCACGGCUCAGACGGCCACUCGUCCGCCUCUGAGACCGAGUCCACCGGCUCCAGGCCCUCAGAGGUGGAUCCCGCAACCGAGACGGCGGCGAUAUCUGCGAGCAUCAGGGCGGCGCCCUCCAGGUACGCCAGACACCCUCGUGUCCACGACUCGCCGUCAGAAGGGUCCUCCUCCAGGAGCUCCUUUGACGAGGAGCUCCACGCCAGGGCGCCCGACGGAGGCCCCCACGCUGCCGCUCCGUCAUCCGUGGAGAUCCAGAGGGUGUGCAGCCCUCGAGAGGCCCUGCGGUCGAAGGCCGUCAUCAAGCCCGCCAUCAUCGAGAUCGACAGGAAGGAGGUCAUGAUCUCGGAGCCCUUGUCGACAAACGGGAAGCCCAAGAUCUCCACCAAGCCGGUGGUGACCACCAGCAGCAGCAGCAAGAUGACCAGCAGCAUAACCAUCUACCCCAGCGAGCCGAGCUCCUCGCGGACGAGCAGCCGCAGCAGCAGCUUAUCCAGCGAGGCGCCACCUGCCAAGGAGCGCCACACGUCCACGAGCAACUUCCUCAUAGGACCCAGCAGUGACCACCGCGGCAGCAUCUCCGUCCCCUAUGAGAUCUCCAUACCCAAGAGCGACAUCGCACUGCGACCGUGCCAGGACCCGGACUGUGGCGACAACGACGGCAGCGAGGCGCCACCCAGGUCCAGACUCCACAACGCCACCAGCAGCCACGCAGGCCCCCAGCGCGGCGGCGGCAGGCGCCGGUCCUCGGACAACGCCUUCGUAGACUUCAACGACACGGAGUCGGGCUUCGAGAGCGGCAGCAGCAGCACGACCACGGUGCCCAGCUGGAGAAGCCAAAGUCAGGCGGAGCACGCCCAGGACGACACUUUGCCAGACAUGAAGAAAGUGACGGUGAGGAGCACGUGGAGGAACAGAGGCGCCGUGUCGGUGGACGAGGCGAGUCGCAGACGCGUGGGCAGCAAGGCGUUGACAGACGGCGGGUCUGAAGACGAAGCUGAGGCCGCAACAACAUGGAGGGCGUACCGCGCAACCACCUUCGACACGGAGGAAACCGUGACCAGCGCCGCCGCCGUAACGGUCCAGACAGGAAGUAAACCAGCAGAGAUGAGCAUGCGGCGGUACAACAGCUCCACCAGCACCAAGGAAGCAGAGGAACCGCUGCCUCGCCGGGACAGGCGCUCGGAGUCUCCCACGACGGAAGCCGGACUUUUGGGAAGGAUCGUGCCCCACGCACCGGUCACCUCCCAGUCCUGGAGCCGAUCGUACUCACAGCAACCACUGGCUAAAGAGAACCCGGACCACGCCGCGGGCCCCUGCCUCAGCCCGGCCUCCUGGAGACGCCACCCGCCCCCCAGCGACCACCAGCACCCGCCCAGCUCCUACGAGCGCCUGACCAGGACGGCCGGGGCCUCGUCCAGAGGGGGGGAGCCGUGGUCCAGCCGGGGCCCCGGAGCGGGGACCAGAGCCGAGGGGCGGAGCGCGGCGGGAAUCAGGCCGUGGAGCCAGUACCAGUCAGAACAUCACUAGUCUGGACCAGGAGGCAGCUGCCUGGUCCGCUCUGAGCCGCCGUCUUCACCAUGCAGAGAACGCGCCUGCUGCAGCAAUCUCCCCUGGAUCAGCCUGUGCUUCUGCUUCAUGGCGGAUGUUAUGUUACCCCCCCCCCCCCCCCCCCUCAACCUUCUCCAUAAUUGUUACGGCGUCCCGUCUCCGUAGAACCGACACAUCUUUACACGCGACCAAACCAGGAAGCCGAUCUACUCCCAGACUCCUCGUCCUCCAAGCGUCCUCCAGGUGGAACAACCUGGAGCACGUCGAGGUUUUUUUCUCUGUUGUCGUUUUUUUUUGCCAUGUCAGCACCUUCUGCAGCGCCGACCCGUUUGCAUGUAACAGAAAAAAGCACUUGAAGGUUGUGACUCAGCAUGCACUCUGCUCAGAGGAAAAACAGCCGCUGCUUUAAAGGCGGCCAAACUGGGAUCAUAUUUGUUUCUCUUUUAUUUACUGUUAUAUUUAGAUUUCAUGCAACAAGCUUCCUUCUCUGCGUCGUCCCCGUUUUCUCUUCUCCGUCGUGUCGGAUGGGAUAAAAAAAAUAAAAUAAAAAGCUAAAUUUCUUUAGACGUUCGGGUUAAACUGGACCUCGGGUUCUGGGUCAGCGGCAGACCCGCCGGGUCAGAACCACAGAUUGUGUUUCUGUGAGCACGGAGCUCCUGGACGUCUCUGCAGAAACUGGAUCUGCAGCUUCUACAUCCUGCCGUGUUUUGUCCGACCUUGGUCUGGUUCUGCCGGGUCCGGUUUACCCGUGCCGUGCAGAACCCCUCAGUAGCUUCUAGAGGGACCUGCUGGCUCCUGGGUGAGUCCGGGACACCAGAACCGGUUUGGGCCGCCUCUACUGUUACGCAUCAGAACCUCUCCGUAAAUCUGAUCUUGGAUGCGUGUUUUCGAACCUGCGUGGAUCAGAGGAAACCCACGGUAAGUCCAAACCGAUCCUUCAAGGUCCAGAACCUGCAGGAACCCGCGGUGGAAGACGCUCCGCUGAACCUUUUUUUUUUAGAUGCUUUCAAGCAGACGAGGAAUGCUGCAGAACCUUUUCGACCACAGCAGCGUCCGCUUGGACCAGAACCGGCUGUGGGACAACCGACCAAUCAGGGCCGGGCUCAUCCGGAGCUGCUUUCCUGCCGGAUUACGGUCCGUCGUGAAGAAUGCGUUCAGCCUGAGUCACGGUUCUACUGGGUCACGGUUCUGAGUCACGGUUCUACUGGGUCACGGUUCUACUGGGUCACGGUUCUACUGGGUCACGGUUCUACGUCUGCGAGGAACGAGGCGACGUCGGGAUCAGCCUCUAAAACCCCCCGUAGACUCAAAACUCCGUCUGGACCUUCAGGAAAGAAACUUUGUGGGUUUCCUGAAGUUCUGCUCCAGCCGAAGUCCAAUCGGACCGCGGAACCAGAACCAGAACAUUCGUAUAACCAGCUGUAAACGGGAGGAACGGCUGCAGAGCUCAGAGAUAAUCAGAAGCGUCUGUGUUUCCGUGUUUGUUUUUUAACGUUGUGCCAAAAUCAUUCCUCAGUAUUUACAGUUUACAUUUCCCCCCCCCCCCCCCCCCCA